ACGUCCUCGGGAACGAAGAAGCUCAACAAAAAGGACAUAUACCCAACUAUUCGCCACAUCGCAAGAGUUGAAGCAAUCAUGCCACAUGAAGAGCGAUCCUCCUCGUUCUCUGAAACACAUCAACAACAAGAUUCCACCACUCCCGAACAAACCGACCAAACAACAAGUGACGAUGAACGACAUCAUGAAGCCAGACAGAACGAUCCCACAACAGAAACCUGCUCUGCCCUCAUAACACCCACAUCCACCUCAGACCUCAACGCCAUCGAACCCCCUCCCGACGGCGGCUACGCCUGGAUCGUCUGCCUAGCCCUCUCCACCACAAACUUCUUCACCUGGGGCGUAGCAGCCUCCUACGGCGUCUACAUUUCCCACUACCUCUCCACCCCAACCUACUUCCCCUCCGCCCGCCCUCUCGACUACGCUCUAAUCGGCGGUCUAGAAUUCGGCGUCGCAAUGAUAAUUUCCCCCUUAUGCACAAUCCUCACCCGCGAAUUAGGGAGAAGUUAUGUCAUGUUAACAGGUUGCGUAGUUUUUGCCGGAGGAUUCAUCGCUGCGAGUUUUGCGAGUGAGAUUUGGCAGUUGUAUUUAAGUCAGGGAGUUCUAGUCGGGUUGGGCUUAGGUGCGAUCUUUAUACCUAGUAUUCAAGUUCUACCGCAGUGGUUUGAAAAGAGGAGGAGUUUAGCUGCGGGGAUCACGAGUGCUGGGUCCGGGUUUGGGGGUUUGACGUUUAGUUUGGGGACAAAUGCGAUGAUUGAACGGAUAAGUCUUGGGUGGGCGUUGAGGAUUACGGGGAUUUUGUGUUUGGUGGGGAAUGUGAGUGCGACGUUGUUGGUGAGGGAUCGGAAUCAUGUGGUGAAGCCGCCGCAGUUGGGGUUUGCGACGCAUUUGUUGAAGAGAUAUGAGUGUUUGUUGUUGCUUGGCUGGAAUUUUUUGAAUCUUUUUGGGUAUAUGGCUCUGUUGUAUAGUUUGAGUAGUUAUGCUGUGGAGGUUGUGGGGCUUACGCAGGCGCAAGCGAGUACUCUGACUGCGAUUUUGAAUCUUGGAACGGGAAUUGGGAGGCCUGCUAUUGGGUUUGUUAGUGAUCGACUUGGGAGGAUUGAAGUUGCGGCGUGUGCUACGCUCUUCAAUGCGGUGAUGAUAUUUGCGGUCUGGAUUCCAGGGAACAGCUACGGAGUCUUGCUGUUUUUCGCAUUUGUCUCUGGUGCUUUCAUUGGAACCUUCUGGAUGACGAUUGGGCCGCUUUGCGCAGAGGUUGCUGGUCUUGCUGAGGUACCUUCGUUCCUCUCACUGCAUUGGCUGACUACAGUCUUGCCGACGACGUUUGCUGAAGUUAUUGCGCUUUACUUGCGAAGACCGAGGAUGGGUCGAUGGGCAUAUCUGCAUCCUCAAGUCUUUGCCGGCACCAUGUAUCUGGUGGCCUCUCUCUUCAUGUUCGAGCUGUGGAGGGUAAAACGGCGGGAUCGAAGGCUCAGUAGGCAGCCGUAGUCGCAGAAACAUCGGUAACUCGAGAACUUCCUGUCAACUCCCAAGCGGUGAGCAUUUUGCUUUCUUGGCGUUGGUUCUUGCCGCGCUUCGGUGAAAGAGUUUGCGGUUUAUUGUGGUCGCAUGAUGUGUGACUUGUCGCAGAAAAGGUGUAAAGUCUCACGUGGAGAUUCUGUUAGACAGCCGUUGUACGGCUGUAGCCUGCAACACGAGCCGAGUCCACGCCGUUCUUGGUGACGUUGCAAGUCACCCGACGCCAUAUCGUCGCAUCGAUCUAGGCUCAACAGUUUCAGUGUGCAUAGUUCGAGACCUAAGACCAGUGACAUGUGUAUUCCCGGGUU